AUGGCGGCCCCCGGAGACCUCAUCAAUUUCGACAUCAUCGAAGGCCAGAAGGAGAAUAUCCAGUCAUUGCCAGGAGGACGGUCGGCAAGAGAGCUGGCUCGCAUCUUCUCCCCGCGCGAGUCCUCAGAUAUCUUGGCUACGCCAUCACCAAAUGAUACCCGGACGGUCAACGAUACCAUCAGACAGGAAUACGAAGCGGAGCUGCAAGCCAUAGGGGAAUCGGAUGACCCCCUCGACAUCUACGACCGAUACGUCAAAUGGACACUCAAUGCCUAUCCUUCUGCCCAGGCCACCACCGAAUCUGGCCUUCUACCACUCCUGGAACGCGCCGUGAAAUCUUUCCUCAACUCCCCUCAUUACAAGAAUGACCCCCGCUAUCUACGCCUGUGGCUGCACUAUAUCCGACUAUUCUCAGACUCACCGCGGGAAACAUUCGCAUUCCUGGCCCGCCACCAUGUUGGAGAAGGUCUGGCCCUGUUUUACGAAGAGUUUGCUGCCUGGCUGGAAAGCGCUGGGAGAUGGACUCAGGCCGACGAAGUGUACCGCCUCGGCAUUGACAAGGAAGCGCGCCCCGCCGAACGCCUCGUCCGCAAGUACAGCGAGUUCCAACACCGCUAUGAAAACCACACACAAGACAAUGGCCCCUCGUCACCGGCGUUGCCCGCGGUCCGGCCAGCCUUGGCUGCCAAAGUCGACCCCUUCGCUUCGGCUUCACCCCCGGCCGCCGACGGUCAGGCCCAGCGCUCAGCCCCCGCUAGAGGGGCUGCCCCGAAGACGAAAUCCGGCAAGCCGAAAAUGGCCAUCUUUUCCGAUGCCGACUCGCCAAGCCAGCCAGCUGUGAGUGGACCAGCCCAAGGGUGGGAUGAAAUUGGGUCGUUGCACGAACGACGGAAGGAGAACAAGGUCGAGGCAAAGCCAUGGGCGGGGGAGACAUUAAAGGCCGGCAAAAAGCCAGCUCCGGCACAAAAGAUGACGAUUUUCAGGGAUGAGUCAAGCUCCAGUUUACAAGCCAAAGAAGCAUUGCAAUCGAAACAUGUUCCAGAGCAUCGUGUAAGAGAGGCGAUUAACCCACGUACAGGGAGACGGGAGCGCGUCUUCGUCAAUCUCGAAGCAGUCUACCCUGACUACAAGAACCCCAACCAUGAGGUCAGCUUUGAGGAAUUGAGAGCCAUGAAGCGCGGCUGGAUGGACAAGAAUUGGCGGGCCCUUAAAGAGCCCCUUAAGCAGAUAUCUGGCAAUGCUGCUUCAGGAGAUCUCUCCUCUGAGAACCCCUUGGAGCAGGGUCUAGAGAACGAGCUGCCGACACAAUUUAAACAGAAACUGACCGUCAGAGAUGCGGAUGCUCACGACCAGGGGCAGGCCCAGGUGGCUCAGGAGAGCAAGGCCAAUAAAGCGCGGAAACUCAAACUUCGUGAAGUCAAGGGAGAAACACAGACCAUUAAAAUGAAGUUUGACUCCCCCACGGGGGGCAAGAUCCGGCGAAAGAGCACUGCAGAGCCAACGAUGACUAUUCAUACUCGCGCUGCAACAGACGAGAUCUACAGUAUUUUCAACCAGCCACUCAAGGCGGAGACUGAGAACGUGGCGGAAAGUAGUGACUUUGAGGACGACGAUUAUACGAGCGCCGGGGAGAGCACCUGCACAGGUCGUAUUUCUGCUGCGUCAAGCGACUUCGGAGACGAUGACACCACUUUUCAUAAAUCAUUUGUGGAGGGCGAUGAGGAUGGCUUCGAGGAUAACACGCGCGCUGAAAGUGUCGUUGAUGGUGAAUGGACUCAGUUCUCAGCCUGCGAUGUGCCUGCUCAUUCACCAACCGUGCCCGAAGACGCUGCGUACAAUGAUGGCGAGAAUAACACAGGGCGCUUCCUCGAUGGAGUAGAUGAGACCGAGAGGCAGAGGUUUGUCCCAGAAAUGCCAGAAGACUACAACCCACCUUAUGGUCCAUAUCGCGACCCCGCGGUAGUCGCACAGAACCGCCUGCCUUUCAUGACCCCAAUCGUGGAGCAAACUGAAUAUUCGCUCUCCAUGACGGCAGCUAGGAACAGUCUAUACAAUGCGAAGACCCCGUCCAAGCCUCAGAUGGGCAAUCUGCUGUUGUCCAGCCCAUUGAUCGCCACCCCGCGGAACUUUCCGGAUAUUCCCGAAGAUGUUGCUCUGAGCCCUACAGUCGAGAAGGUCCGAACGAGUUUCAAGUUGACCCCGCUGAAAGAGAGCAGCCGACGAGAGAUAGUCAUUGAGGACGCACAGUGCAAUCCCACCGACAGGGCGAUUCGCAACACCAUUCUCCAGUCCUUACAACCAGCGCUGGCAUCUUACCCCGGAUACCACGGCCAUCCUGAGAUGGAUACCCACUACGGCACUGAAGUGCAGAGAUUCCUCAAGGCCAGUCCCAAGCGUUCGAGAAGCGGUGGCGAGGCAUCUUUCGAUGUGCCCAUUCUAGAGCUUCCGGGUGCCGAAAGAAGCUAUAUCAUUCGGCGUGAGCUGGGCGCCGGCGCUUAUGCUCCGGUCUACUUUGCAGAGAGUAUCGAUAAUCUACCUUCCGACUCAGACGCCGAAUGCACGGACGGCAACCGCAGAGAUUCCCACAAUCGUAAACCGACUCGAUACGAUACUCCCCGUUACGGGUUCGAGGCAAUCAAACUGGAGGUAGGACCGCCUAGCGAGUGGGAGUUUUACAUGAUUCGCACCGCAAACGACCGAUUGAGCCGCCAUCCCGAAUUUUCGCGCGCUGCCGAGAGCCUUAUCCGGGCACAUGAACUCCAUGUCUAUAAAGGGGAGAGCAUUCUGGUUGAAGACUACCGGGGACAAGGAACGUUGCUCGAUCUUAUCAAUCUCAUCCGCAACGAGCCAAUUUCAGCCAACACCAACGGUGAUGGUGGGAUGGAUGAGGUCCUGGCCAUGUUCUUCACGGUGGAGCUAUUCCGAACCGUUGAAGCUCUGCACACAUGUGGCAUCCUCCAUGGCGACAUCAAGGCUGAUAACUGUCUCGUCCGCUUUGAUGACAGUUCUGCAACCCCUCUCUCUCUGAUCGAUCUCGGGGACGAGGUCACCGCAGACCCACACGAAGUUCACUACUCCCCCCGAGGCCUGUUCGGCUGGCGCAGCAAGGGUCUUUCCCUCAUCGACUUCGGCCGCAGCAUCGAUAUGCACGCCUUCCAGCCAUCCGUGCAGUUUAUCGCUGACUGGAAGAUUGGCCAGCACGAGUGCAAUGAAAUCCGCGAGCAGCGGCCCUGGACGCACCAGAUCGACCUCUACGGGCUCGCGGGUACCGUUCACGUGAUGCUCUUCGGCAAGUACAUUGAGUCGAUCCCCAGUGGCCCUUCGACGUACCGGAUCCGGGAGUCCUUGAAACGGUACUGGGAGCGCGACAUUUGGAACGAUGUCUUUGAUGUCCUGCUCAACCCCGGCGAGGAGCGAUGGGCUCAGAUGGAACGCGAAGGCAAUAACCCCGCGGCCAUGGCCAGCGAAAACCCGCCCAUUCUCCCCGUAACGAACUCCAUGCGCUACGUCCGCGAGAGAAUGGAAGCCUGGCUUCUCGUGAAUGCCGAGAAGAAGGGUCUGGGCCUGCAAAUCCGGAAGCUCGAAGCCAUCUUUGCCGAGAGGAAGAAACGCUUGGAGAAAUGCUAA